UAGCAGAGUAGCUGCUCGAUUGUUCUGGCCUGGCUAUGGCGCCUCUCCUCCCCCCCGCCAUGGCUCCCCGUGUCCCUGCUCCGCUCCUCUCAGUGAGUGAAAGUGGCCGCCGCCGCCGCCGGCCCAGCGCCCGCAGCCGCCUCGGCGCCGCCGCCAUCUUGGGGUCCCAGGAGCCGCCGAGGGAGCGAGCUAGGAGCGUCCACGCCCAAAGCAGUCACCGUCCCACGGCCGCAGAGAGCGAACCGCAGCUCCACCGUCUGCGGGGCGACCCCCCCCUCCGGACCCCGCCCGUACCCUGCCCUCCCUCCGCCGCCGCCGCGGCGGCGGGGCCCGGCGGCCCGAGGCAGCCCAGGAAGUGGCGCAUUGAAGUCCUCAAGCCUGAAGUCCCAAGUUCGAAUCCGGCAUGCAGUGUAGUCGGAGACCCUUGUGCAUGAAGACAGAUUUGUUCUAUGGCCUCGGAGUUGGGUGCCGGGGACGAUGGCGGCUGCACUGAGCUGGCAAAGCCCCUCUAUCUUCAGUACCUGGAGAGGGCUCUCCGAUUGGAUCAUUUCCUUCGACAAACUUCAGCCAUCUUCAACAGGAAUAUUUCUAGUGAUGAAAGUGAGGAUGGACUGGAUGACAGUAACCCUUUAUUGCCCCAGUCUGGGGAUCCCUUAAUACAAGUUAAGGAAGAGCCUCCAAAUUCAUUGCUUGGUGAAACUUCUGGAGCAAGCAGUUCUGGGAUGUUAAAUACAUACUCACUGAAUGGAGUUCUACAGUCAGAGUCGAAAUCUGACAAAGGGAAUUUAUAUAACUUCUCUAAGUUGAAGAAAAGCAGAAAGUGGCUAAAGAACAUUUUGUUAAGUGAUGAGUCCAGUGAGGCUGAUUCUCAGAGUGAAGACAAUGACGAAGAGGAAGAUGAUGAUGAAGAAGAACUCAAUCUCAGUAGAGAAGAACUUCAUAACAUGCUCCGGCUACACAAAUACAAAAAACUUCACCAGAAUAAGUACAGUAAAGAUAAAGAGUUGCAGCAAUACCAAUACUACAGUGCAGGCCUGCUCUCUACAUAUGAUCCUUUCUAUGAACAACAGAGGCAUCUACUUGGUCCCAAAAAAAAGAAAUUCAAAGAAGAAAAGAAAUUUAAAGCCAAGUUGAAAAAAGUGAAGAAAAAAAGACGAAGGGAUGAAGAACUUUCCUCUGAAGAAUCCCCUCGUCGUCAUCACCACCAAACCAAAGUCUUUGCCAAGUUCUCUCACGAUGCACCUCCUCCUGGGACCAAGAAGAAGCACUUAUCCAUCGAGCAGCUUAAUGCUCGGCGUAGGAAAGUGUGGCUCAGCAUUGUGAAAAAGGAACUGCCUAAAGCCAACAAACAGAAGGCUUCAGCUCGAAACUUGUUUCUCACUAAUAGCCGAAAGCUUGCCCACCAGUGCAUGAAGGAGGUGCGCCGGGCUGCUCUACAGGUCCAAAAGAACUGUAAGGAGACCUUGCCACGUGCUCGCCGUCUAACCAAGGAGAUGCUUCUGUAUUGGAAAAAAUAUGAAAAGGUGGAGAAGGAGCACCGCAAGCGUGCAGAGAAAGAAGCCUUGGAGCAGCGGAAGUUGGAUGAGGAAAUGAGGGAGGCCAAGAGACAACAACGAAAACUGAACUUCUUAAUCACCCAGACAGAAUUAUAUGCCCAUUUUAUGAGUCGCAAACGAGACAUGGGUCAUGAUGGAAUCCAGGAAGAAAUCCUGAGGAAACUGGAAGACAGUUCUACCCAGAGACAAAUUGACAUUGGUGGAGGGGUGGUAGUUAAUAUCACACAAGAGGACUAUGAUAGUAACCAUUUCAAAACCCAGGCUCUGAAGAAUGCUGAAAAUGCUUACCAUAUUCAUCAAGCUCGGACAAGGUCUUUUGAUGAAGAUGCAAAAGAAAGUCGAGCAGCUGCCUUACGAGCAGCAAACAAAUCUGGCACUGGAUUUGGGGAGAGUUACAGCCUGGCAAACCCAUCUAUCCGGGCUGGUGAAGAUAUUCCACAGCCCACAAUUUUUAAUGGCAAAUUAAAAGGUUAUCAGCUGAAAGGCAUGAAUUGGUUGGCAAAUCUGUAUGAACAGGGUAUUAAUGGCAUUCUUGCAGACGAAAUGGGUCUUGGUAAGACAGUGCAGAGCAUUGCUCUCCUGGCUCAUCUGGCUGAGAGAGAGAACAUUUGGGGACCUUUCUUAAUAAUUUCACCUGCUUCUACACUUAACAACUGGCACCAGGAGUUCACUAGAUUUGUCCCUAAAUUUAAGGUGCUACCAUAUUGGGGAAAUCCUCAUGACAGAAAAGUCAUCAGGAGGUUUUGGAGUCAGAAGACGCUCUAUACUCAGGAUGCCCCCUUCCAUGUGGUUAUCACCAGCUACCAACUGGUAGUGCAGGAUGUAAAGUAUUUCCAGCGAGUUAAGUGGCAGUAUAUGGUAUUGGAUGAGGCUCAGGCACUCAAGAGUAGUUCCAGUGUUCGUUGGAAGAUCCUCUUACAAUUCCAGUGUCGGAAUCGGCUCUUGCUUACUGGAACCCCCAUUCAGAACACCAUGGCAGAGCUCUGGGCUCUGCUACAUUUUAUCAUGCCAACAUUAUUUGAUUCACAUGAGGAAUUUAAUGAAUGGUUUUCCAAGGACAUUGAGAGCCACGCCGAAAACAAAUCAGCCAUUGAUGAAAAUCAACUCUCUCGUUUGCACAUGAUCUUGAAGCCUUUUAUGCUGAGAAGAAUUAAGAAAGAUGUGGAAAAUGAGCUGUCUGAUAAGAUUGAGAUCCUAAUGUAUUGCCAACUGACCAGUCGGCAGAAGCUGCUAUAUCAAGCACUAAAGAACAAAAUUUCCAUUGAAGAUUUAUUGCAGUCUUCUAUGGGUUCUACCCAGCAAGCACAGACCACCACCAGCAGCCUCAUGAAUCUAGUCAUGCAAUUUAGGAAGGUGUGUAAUCACCCUGAGUUAUUUGAACGUCAGGAAACUUGGUCUCCAUUUCAUAUUUCCCUAAAGCCAUACCAUAUUUCAAAGUUUAUCUACCGUCAUGGACAGAUCAGGGUCUUCAACCAUUCACGAGACAGGUGGUUAAGGGUUCUUCUUUCUCCAUUUGCACCAGACUAUAUUCAACAAUCUCUCUUUCACAGAAAAGGUGUUAAUGAGGAAAGCUGUUUCUCUUUCCUUCGCUUUAUUGAUGUAUCUCCAGCAGAAAUGGCAAACCUCAUGCUUCAGGGACUUUUGGCCAGAUGGUUAGCUCUUUUCCUGUCUCUGAAAGCAUCCUACAGGCUCCAUCAAAUACGCUCUUGGGGAGAGCCAGAAGGGGAGAGCCAUCAGAGAUAUCUGAGAAACAAGGAUUUUCUUCUUGGGGUUAAUUUUCCACUCUCCUUUCCCAACCUUUGCAGCUGCCCUUUGUUAAAGUCUCUUGUUUUCAGCAGCCACUGUAAAGCAGUGAGUGGCUACUCAGACCAAGUCAUCCAUCAGCGGAGAUCAACUACCUCCUCAAUUCGUUGCAGCCUGCUUACUGAGCUGCCAUCUUUUUUGUGUGUGGCCAGUCCACGAGUCACCGCAGUGCCAUUGGAUUCCUAUUGUAAUGACCGAAGUGCAGAAUAUGAACAACGAGUACUGAAGGAAGGAGGGAGUCUGGCGGCCAAGCAAUGUUUGCUGAAUGGGGCCCCUGAAUUGGCAGCAGACUGGCUAAAUCGAUGGUCCCAGUUCUUCCCAGAGCCUGUUGGGGGGCUAUGGAGCAUCAGGCCUGAGAAUGGCUGGUCUUUCAUCCGGAUUCCAGGCAAGGAGAGCCUCAUCACUGACAGUGGGAAGCUAUAUGCCCUUGAUGUCCUGCUGACUCGACUCAAGUCCCAAGGACAUAGGGUCCUUAUCUACUCCCAGAUGACCAGGAUGAUAGACCUGCUGGAGGAAUACAUGGUUUACAGGAAGCAUACCUACAUGAGGCUUGAUGGUUCGUCCAAGAUCUCGGAGAGGCGGGACAUGGUUGCUGAUUUUCAGAACAGAAAUGACAUCUUUGUGUUCCUGCUGAGCACUCGCGCUGGAGGACUGGGUAUCAAUCUCACUGCUGCAGAUACUGUAAUUUUCUAUGACAGUGACUGGAACCCCACUGUGGACCAGCAGGCCAUGGACAGGGCCCACCGUCUAGGACAGACAAAGCAGGUGACUGUCUACCGACUCAUCUGUAAAGGCACCAUUGAAGAGCGUAUUCUGCAACGAGCCAAGGAAAAGAGUGAGAUCCAGCGCAUGGUGAUUUCUGGUGGAAAUUUCAAACCAGAUACCUUGAAACCCAAAGAGGUGGUUAGUCUUCUUCUGGAUGAUGAAGAAUUAGAGAAGAAACUAAGACUUCGACAAGAAGAGAAACGGCAACAGGAAGAAACCAACAGAUUCAAAGAACGAAAACGUAAGCGGGAAAAGUAUGCGGAAAAGAAGAAGAAGGAAGAUGAAUUGGAUGGGAAACGGAGGAAGGAGGGUAUGAACUUGGUGAUCCCGUUUGUUCCUUCUGCUGAUAAUUCUAACCUCUCUGCUGACGGAGACGACUCCUUCAUUAGUGUGGACUCUGCCAUGCCCAGCCCUUUCAGUGAGAUCUCCAUCAGCAGUGAACUGCACACAGGAUCCAUCCCCCCUGACGAGAGCAGCAGUGACAUGCUGGUCAUUGUAGAUGACCCUGCAUCCUCCGCCCCGCAGUCUCGGGCAACCAACUCUCCUGCCUCCAUCACAGGCUCUGUCUCAGACACAGUUAACGGAAUUUCCAUUCAGGAAAUGCCAACUGCUGGCCGUGGUCACUCUGCCCGAAGUCGAGGCCGCCCCAAAGGUUCAGGAAGCACAGCCAAAGGAGCAGGGAAAGGCCGAAGUCGAAAGUCAACUGCAGGCAGUGCUGCUGCCAUGGCAGGAGCCAAAGCUGGAGCUGCGGCCGCCUCUGCAGCCGCCUAUGCAGCAUACGGGUACAACGUGUCUAAAGGAAUCUCUGCCAGCAGCCCUCUGCAGACAUCCCUCGUCCGGCCUGCUGGCCUUGCUGACUUUGGACCUUCAAGCGCCUCUUCUCCCUUGAGUUCCCCUUUGAGCAAAGGAAAUAAUGUUCCUGGGACUCCCAAGACCCUCCACUUAACCAGCAGCCUAACCCCAGACUCCCUAGUUCGGAAACAGGGCAAAGGCACUAACCCUGCUGGAGGACGGUAACCACCUGGGCCUCCAGCUUCCUUCAACCAAACCAGGGGCUAGAGGAGUCCUGUCCUGAAAUGGCCACUGGGCCCCAUGCCCAGGUCAGAGGACAGUGGUGACCAGUUGCAGUAGGGAAGCUAGUGGUUGGUAUGAGCGCUUCUGUCACCUGUGUUUCCAGAAGAGUGUGCUGGCACUGCCUGUAGAAGAAUGCUCAAGGCCAGGGGUUAGUCCCCUGCAUCUCAGACCACCAUUGCGGCCACAUCUUAACCCUUGCCAUCCUGGGGAGGGGCUGAUGCAGACCCCCUUAGAUGCUCAGGUGUGCUGUCUCCCUCCCCACUUCACUCUAGCUCUGAAAUGUGGUGAAGAGUCUUCCACAGAGACUUCCCCUGGGACUGCAAUCCACAGGGCUAGGAAGGGAGGGGCCAGAGACCCAGCAUCCUCGGUCUCUGGGCAGCUCUCCUGGUCUCAAACUCCUUUGCCAGUGUCACCUGGGAAGAGACUUGGCUGCCUGAGAAGGUACUGGCUUGUGAGGAAACAGAGGGCUUAGAGGUGGCGUGCCUGAGUCCAGAUUUCCCAGUUUCCUCCCCACCCUGCACGGUUCACACCAGAGAACCUUCAGGUCCUACCAGCAGCAGUAGCAACAGCUCCCACCAGGACUCCUAGAAGCCAGGAAAGUGACCAGGAGCCACAGCAAUCAGCAGGACCUCCUUACCACCCCUCCUGAAGACCCCCACCCCACCCCACCCUCCCUGAAUGCACAGUCUUCCUCACCCUUGCCCGCCCCCCUGCUUGGCCAUAUGCACUGUCUAUAUUGCACUGAGAGGAAGGGACAGCAGGAGUGAGGUGGUGUGGAUGAGGGAAGGUAGCUCCCCAGGGCUCUCCUGCCCACCGGGCCCCACCUGCCUGCACUUGCUGCCCUCCCAGAGGCGGGGUUGUUAGUGUGGGAGGGUUCUUGCCUGCCCCGCCUGCCCGUUGUCUUGGGGGUGCAGGUGCUUCCUGGCAGAUCAGCCUCUUAAUUUGCACACCUGAAAAUCGCGGAAUUGAGUCUAGAUAGAUUGAUUUUUUUAAACUUUUUUUUUUUUUUUUGGAGUGAGGGUAGUAGGGGAAUCAUUUAAUUUAAAUCAUUGAUUCCUUGCUCAGACCCAGACUCCGGUGUACAGAUGCUAUUUAGAGGGAAUCAGAAAAAUGCCAAGCCUUUUUUCUCUUUGAAUGUGCUGUCUAUUUUUAUAACUGAACUUGUAUAUAUGUAUAAAGAGAGACACAUCUUUCUUUUACUAACUGGAGAAAAAAAAUCUUAAAUAAAAUGGAGUGAUAAUUUUAUGUAAACUGA